AUGGAGUCCAGAGUGAUUGAGCUGGAGCGCCGGAUCCGGACUGCGCUGGAGCCGUUCGGCUUCGAGGUGCAUCCCUUCCAGGUGGGAUGGUACAAUGCAUUGCUGCCUCCAGCCUUCCAGCUGCCCCUGCCUGGACCCACACUUGCUUUCGUGGUCCUCAGCACACCUGCCAUGUUUGACCGGGCCCUCAAACCCUUUCUGCAGAGUGCCCACCUACAGCCUCUGCAGGACCCAGUGGACCAGUGCGUAGCUUACCACUUCACCCAACUCCAGAAGAACCUUCCAGAGCAGAAGGUAGACUUCAUCACAGACUAUGACAUGCACCCAAACCGGCGUCCCAAAAUCCUGGCUCAGACAGCUGCCCAUGUGGCAGGGGCUGCCUACUACUACCAGCGGCAAGAUGUGGGGUCUGACCCCUGGGGAAACAAGAAGAUAGCUGGUGUGUGCAUCCACCCCCGCUAUGGAGGCUGGUUUGCCAUCCGGGGGGUGGUGCUGCUUCCAGGGGUAGAGGUGCCGGACCUGCCACCCCUAGCACCCCCCGACUGUGUGCCCACCCAAGAGGGACGCAUUGCUCUGUUGGAGAGCUUUAACUUCCACUGGAGAGACUGGGCUUACCGUGAUGUCGUGGUCCCAGUGGAACGCUACUCUGAAGAGCAAAAGACCUACUUCUCUACCCCACCUGCCCAGCGACUUCACCUGCUGGGGCUACUCCAGGACACCCCCCCAGACCCUCUGGAGCCUUUGGGGGACCAUCCCAGAGAGACAGUGGACCCAAACUGGGGCGGGCAUCUAGCUGCCCCUAGGAUUUUUGCUCCUGUACCACAGGGGACCUAG